AUGUGGAGCUAUGAUGUGGAUGCAAUGCUUCAGGUGCCAGUCCAGGAUAUUGUUGAUUCACAGCAGAAUGCUUCUUUAUUUGGCGAUGCCUCUCCUCAUCCUGGAUUCAUCCCUGAAAUUGCUCCUGAGUUCCAGCUAUUUCCAUAUACAUUUAGAGACGACCCGAACUGGAGAGGAGCAAUUAGCCUACUGCUAUUACAGCACUACAAAGAAUAUGGCGAUGCCAGGAUACUGUCUAGGCAAUAUUCUGCGAUGAAAAGCUAUAUGUCCUACUUAGACUUUUUGACAACGAACUACACUCUACAUUAUGGACUAGGUGACUGGGAAAAACUUGAUGAUUGCACAGGCAGCUUGAUCCCUGCCACCUACGGAUUCCAGCAAGCGGCGUAA